AUGACGACGUCCUCGACCGCUUCCGCUCUCAUUCUCGCCAUCAUCCUUCUGCUUGUCGCCCCCUUGUCACCUGGGAACUGCGCAUCGACUGGAGAAGGUAACACUCUCUUCUUCUCUUUCGGUGGGUCGGGGAAAAAUCGGAGCUUCGCCACGGAGUUUGCCCUCUAUGGCGAUGCUGAGAUGAAUAGCUUGGAGGUGAGGGUGACGCGUGCGGCAAACGAGAGCUCCGGGCUUAUGAUUUACUGGAAACCAGUCAGAUUCUUUGGCACCAAGCCCGGGUUCUCUUCUUCCUUCUCGUUCUCUGUUUCGCCCGGCAAUGGCGGAGGCCUAGCUUUCUUUUUUAUCUCCGUGAAGUUCAUGACGACAGCAAGCCUCGUCGAAGUCGAUGUUGGCGGAGAACUUUUGACAAAAAGCAGUAAUCUUUCCGACGAUGGUUUGCUUCUCAUCCUCAGCAGAGGAGAAAAAUUGCAUUCUUGGAUUGAUUACGAUGGAGAAUCGAAGAGAAUAGAGGUCAGGCUUUGCCAGGACAAGGAUCCGAAGGAAGCAUCCCCUUCAAUCUCUCACUCUAUCGAUUUGUCUUACAUGUUGUGGAGGGAGGCGUCCUGGGUUAUUUAUGGGGACACUGACUCUGUUAUGGUACAAUUCGGUGUGCCUUCUGUAGAGGAAGCAAUGGAGUUAGGAAGAGAAGCAUCAGAAUAUAUUACAGGAACUUUCAUAAAGCUAGAUAUCCUAGCUGACAUUGUAAACUAA